CCAAUUCAUUUCUCUACAUCCCAAGUUUUAUGGAAAGUCACUAUUCCAAUCAAACCGCCAACGAGAAAAUAAAAUAAAAAUUCAGAUUUAGAGAUCACAUUUCUUCUUCUUCUUCUUCAAUCAUCAAAUCACACAUUGUUCGUAAUUUUCAAAUGUCGAAGCAAACAUACAAAGUCUGUUUCUGUUUCCGUCGGAGGUAUCGACACACUGUGUCCGUUGCUCCGCCUGAGAUCAAGACACUUUUCGACAAAUAUUCCGACAAAGGUCUCAUGACAACCGAUCUCCUCCUCAGAUUCCUAAUCGAUGUUCAGAAACAAGACAAAGCCACGAAAGAAGAAGCUCAAGAAAUCGUCAAUGCUUCAUCUUCUCUUCUUCAUCGUAAUGGUCUCCAUCUUGAUGCUUUCUUCAAAUACCUUUUCGCUGUUACCAACUCUCCUCUUUCUUCUCAGGAGGUGCAUCAAGAUAUGGAUGCUCCAUUAUCACAUUAUUUCAUAUUUACAGGACAUAAUUCGUAUUUAACUGGUAAUCAACUGAGUAGUGAUUGCAGUGAAUUGCCUAUCAUUGAAGCAUUGAAAAAAGGUGUUAGAGUUAUUGAGUUAGAUAUUUGGCCAAACUCUGAUGAAGAUGGUAUCGAUGUUCUUCAUGGAAGGACUCUUACAUCACCUGUGGAGCUGAUCAAAUGUCUAAGAGCUAUUAGAGAACAUGCUUUUGAUGUAUCUGAUUAUCCAGUUGUUGUUACUCUUGAAGAUCAUCUUACUCCAAAACUCCAAGCUAAAGUUGCUGAGAUGGUUACAGAUAUAUUUGGAGAAAUGUUGUUUACUCCUCCUUCAGGGGAAUGUUUGAAGGAGUUUCCAUCGCCCGCGUUUUUGAAAAAUCGUAUUAUGAUCUCAACUAAACCUCCUAAAGAGUAUAAGGCAGCAACAGAUGAUGAUUUGGUGAAAAAAUGUAGGAAUUUGGGUGAUGAAGAAGUUUGGGGAAGAGAAGUUCCAAGCUUUAUUCGAAGGGACAGAAGUGUUGACAAGAAUGAUUCAAAUGGAGAUGAUGACGAUGACGAUGAUGAUGAUGAUGAUGAUGAUGAUGAUGGUGAUGAUAAAAUUAAGAAGAAUGCACCACCGGAAUAUAAGCAUUUGAUUGCAAUCGAAGCCGGGAAACCGAAAGGCGGAAUAACUGAAUGUUUGAAGGUGGAUCCUGAUAAAGUAAGACGGCUUAGCUUAAGUGAAGAACAACUUGAAAAGGCCUCAGAAAAGUAUGCCAAACAGAUUGUGAGGUUUACUCAGAGGAACUUGCUUCGGGUUUACCCGAAAGGAACUAGAAUUACUUCAUCAAACUAUAACCCUCUGAUUGCUUGGAGCCAUGGAGCUCAAAUGGUGGCUUUCAAUAUGCAGGGACUUGGAAGAUCAUUGUGGGUAAUGCAAGGAAUGUUUAGAGGCAAUGGAGGAUGUGGCUACAUCAAGAAACCUGAUCUUUUGCUAAAAUCCGAUGCUGUAUUUGACCCAGAAGCUACAUUACCUGUAAAAACAACACUAAGGGUAACUAUAUACAUGGGAGAAGGAUGGUACUACGAUUUCCCGCACACACACUUUGAUCGAUAUUCUCCACCUGAUUUCUAUACAAGGGUCGGGAUCGCUGGAGUUCCCGCGGAUACAAUAAUGAAGAAGACGAAAACAUUAGAGGAUAAUUGGAUACCAGCUUGGGACGAGGUUUUUGAGUUCCCAUUAACAGUUCCAGAGCUUGCUCUUCUACGUAUUGAGGUACAUGAGUAUGACAUGUCGGAGAAAGAUGAUUUUGGAGGCCAAACUUGCUUGCCGGUUUGGGAGCUGAGGCAAGGAAUACGUGCCGUCCCUCUGCGUAACCAGGAUGGUGUGAAGUGUAGAUCCGUGAAGCUUCUUUUGCGGUUGGAGUUUGUGUGACAGUUAAGUAUUACAAGAAAUGCUCCUUUUUUUUUUGGUUGAAGCACUUUUAAACCGGUUCCAGUACAUACAAGUAAACCGAGUUUGUGAUUUCGGUUCAUGGGUUUGGUUUAUUGUGAGAAUGUGCUUUAUUGGUUAAAUGGUUUUGUAAUGUUGAGUGUGUGGAGAAAACAACUUAUAACAAUUUUAUAUAUGCUAUUAUGUUAUGUCAA